AUGAAUCUUGCUGCUCUCGCCGAUGGAAGUAACCCCGCCGUGUGCGGUUCUUCCUCCUCCACCGCAGUGAGUGCCGAUGUGGCAUUAGCUGAACUUGCCGCUCUUGUACCGGAGCGCUGGAGGGGGGAAGGUGGCGUCCUUAGUCGAACAUUGGGGAACCUGCUGCAAAAUCCGUUUUUUAGUGCGGGCGUCGGGCUUUAUUUGCUGACAUUCACUGGUGCCGCCACACGUUCAGUGUCCACAAUGUUCAAAUCCGUCAUGCGCCGGCGGUUCGUCAUUUCAAUGGAGGUGACAAGUCAGGACGAAAGCUACGGGUGGAUGGUGCGGUGGCUCUCGAGCAAGCCCGCGUUCCAGGUUCAACAGGUGAACGUCACCACGCGCAACACCACCAUAUACUCCAACGACGAGUCAUCGCAUGAGUGUAUGUAUGCCCCCUGUACCAACAUUCGGCACUGGUUCUGGUACAAACACCGACCAAUUGUACUGCAACGGCGCCGUGUGGAAACCCAGGCAAUGGGCACUGACGUUCUUGAGACAAUGGAACUGACUACAUUGGGUCUAUCCUCGACUUUUAUGCGUGAGAUUCUCGAGGAGGCGCGGGAGCUCACCUCCAUGCGAAACAGCGAUCAUACGGUCAUUUAUCAGAACGCUGGUGGUCGUUGGGUGCGGCAAGAGCCACGCCGUCGGCGCCCGCUGAAUUCUGUAGUGCUUAAUGAUGGGAUUGGGGACAUGCUUUUGGAGGAUGCGAAACUGUUUCUUCAGUCAAGCAGGUAUUAUGAAGAUUUAGGCGUUCCGUAUCGCCGCGGUUACCUGCUUCACGGUCCUCCUGGUUGCGGCAAGAGCAGCGUGGUGAUGGCGCUUGCUGGCGAGUUACGACUUUCCAUUUGUCCCUUGAGUCUCUCUGGCCGCGGAUUGAGCGACGACACACUCGUCCAGUUGCUUAACACCGCCCCAAUCCGCUCUAUUGUGCUACUGGAAGACAUUGAUCGGGCAUUUAGCGCCGAUAGUCACAUUACGAUGAGUGGACUGCUCAACGCACUCGAUGGUGUCGCCGCUCAGGAAGGUCGAAUCGUGUUUAUGACAACAAAUCACGUGGAGCGACUGGAUGAAGCCCUCAUCCGGCCCGGUCGCUGUGAUUUGAAGGUCGAAAUUGGUCUGAUAUCGCGUGAGCAAGCACGGAAACUAUUUUGUAAAUUCUUUCCCGAGGCACCGGAGUCUCUCCACGAAGCGUUCGCCUUGCAGCUGCUGCCUGGCAAACUGAGUGUAGCGCAAAUUCAGUCCCAUCUCUUCCUUCACCGCGACAGAGCCGACGUCGCAGUGCGUGAGCUUCCAAAUUUUCUUUCCACGGUCAAGUCGUUUGAACAGCGCGUGCACCGUGCGCGGCAACAGGAGGAGGUUGCUGCACGGCUGAAACGCGCACCGAUGUUACACAGCUUGCAAUGA